AUGCCGCCCUACUCUGAAGUGCGGAAAAGCAACCGCUUCUACUACUUCAUCAAAUUCACCCUAAAUGUCUACUCAAUGAUGUUCUCGCUCGUGGGCCUCUGUGUCCUGUGUGUGGGGGUGUAUGCAGAAGUUGAAAGGCAGAAAAAUCGAACCUUGGAGGGACUUUUCCUGGCUCCUGCCGUGGUGCUCAUCCUGCUGGGCCUGGUGAUGUUCACCGUGUCUGUAGUAGGAAUGGUUGGAUCCCUCAGGGACAACAAGACCCUGCUGCACAUGUUCCUUUGUGUUCUUUGUGUAUUACUGCUCCUCCAAGCAAUUGCUCUCGCUGCAGCUCUCAUCUUUGAAAAGAAGACAUCAACGUUGUUUCAGAGUACCAUACGAGAAGGAAUUAAACACUACUAUGAUGAUCUUGAUUUCAAGAACAUCCUGGACUAUGUGCAACAAAAGUUCUCCUGUUGUGGAGGGGAUGAAUAUAAAGACUGGGGUGUCAAUCAGUACCAUUUUUGCAAUGGUACUGGUCCACUAGCCUGUGGGGUUCCAUAUACCUGUUGUGUUCGACGCAAGGCAGGAGAGGUUAUCAACACGCUAUGUGGCUACAACACCCUGAAUGAACAGUUGGACAUGCCCAAAGCAUCUCCCUAG